CCUUGGCGGCGAAGCGAGCGACGGUGGCUAUAGCAACCCCGCCGCCGGUUAGGCUCGUCUCUUGGUUGGCUUUGCCUGCGCAGAGAGGGAGGAGGGACAGGAAACCGCCGAGAGGCGCCGGGUCUCCCGGGGCCGGCCUUACGGGCGAGGAAGCCGGGAACAUGGUAGUCAGGAUGGACGAAAGCGGCGAGCGCAGGAGGUGGCAGAGCAGCCCAGUAAUUGACUAUCUGACCAUUCCUAGGUAUGGGCUAGCAAGCCCAUUCAAAGGACAUUUAAGUACCAAAAGUAAUGCUUUCUGCAUUGACUCCUCCUCCCGCAGACUCAGUAAUCAGUACCUCAUCAGGGAUCACAUGGCUGUUCAUUACAAUAAAAUACUUUCAGCCAAAGCUGCUAUAGAUUGUUCAUUACCAAAAAGCAGAUUAAACAGCAUAAAAUGGAUCGCUCCUCAGGGAAAGCACAGAGAGAGCCGUGCCUGGACUUUGCUUCUCCCUAUCCGGCAGCUUGAUCUGGUCUCCUAGCAGCUGCAUAUUAGAGACUUGCAGCCUGAAAGCCCCUGUCUACCACAGCUCCAAAGACUUCAAGUCAGUUGCAGACCC